AUCAUUCCCAUUUUAAUUACUGGUUACCAAACACGGGGAGCUUAUUCCUCACAACCAAACGGGCUUAAACAGAAUCGAGUGCUUCUUUUCCCUUUCCUCUCAGCGCGCAUCCCACCUCUCCCCUUCCUCCCCUUCUCUCCAAUGGCAACUGCAGUAAUUACCGAGACCAGAAAACUCCCGCGACCUGGUCGCGGCGGUUACCAACCUCACGGACUAACCGAAGAAGAAGCUAGAGUCCGAGCCAUAGCCGAAAUCGUCAAUUCCAUGGUAGACCUUUCACGAAAAAACCAAACCGUCGAUCUUAACGCACUAAAAUCUGCCGCAUGUCGCAAAUACGGCCUCGCACGUGCUCCAAAACUCGUCGAGAUGAUCGCAGCGUUGCCGGAUUCUGACCGCGAGUCACUGCUACCGAAACUCCGAGCCAAACCGGUACGCACGGCAUCAGGAAUUGCAGUUGUUGCUGUCAUGUCGAAGCCUCACCGGUGCCCGCAUAUCGCGACGACGGGGAAUAUUUGUGUGUAUUGUCCUGGUGGACCGGACUCAGAUUUUGAGUACAGUACGCAGUCGUAUACUGGUUAUGAACCUACCAGUAUGCGUGCGAUUCGAGCUAGAUAUAACCCAUAUGUCCAGGCUAGAAGCAGGAUUGAUCAGCUUAAGAGACUGGGUCAUAGCGUGGAUAAGGUUGAGUUCAUAUUAAUGGGUGGUACUUUCAUGUCAUUGCCAGCAGAUUACCGUGAUUACUUUAUAAGGAACCUUCACGAUGCUUUAUCAGGGCACACUUCUGCCAAUGUUGAAGAGGCAGUUGCCUACUCUGAGCAUGGUGCAACCAAGUGCAUUGGCAUGACGAUUGAAACGAGGCCAGAUUAUUGUCUUGGUCCUCAUCUACGCCAAAUGCUUUCAUAUGGGUGCACACGAUUGGAGAUUGGAGUUCAAAGUACAUAUGAGGAUGUUGCUCGAGACACUAAUAGAGGACACACGGUAGCUGCUGUGGCUGAUUGUUUUUGCUUGGCAAAGGAUGCUGGUUUUAAGGUUGUUGCUCAUAUGAUGCCUGAUCUUCCAAAUGUAGGGGUUGAGAGGGACUUGGAAAGUUUUCGAGAGUUCUUUGAGAGUCCUUGUUUUAGAGCUGACGGGCUCAAAAUUUAUCCUACACUUGUAAUUCGUGGAACUGGGCUUUAUGAGCUAUGGAAAACUGGCAGGUACAGAAAUUAUCCACCUGAGCAACUUGUAGAUAUUGUAGCAAGGAUCCUAGCCAUGGUACCCCCUUGGACGCGAGUUUAUAGAGUUCAAAGGGAUAUUCCUAUGCCUUUGGUUACAUCUGGAGUUGAGAAAGGAAAUCUUAGGGAGUUAGCCUUAGCUCGGAUGGAUGACUUGGGCCUGAAAUGCCGUGAUGUCCGUACACGUGAGGCUGGAAUCCAGGAUAUUCAUCACAAGAUUAAGCCAGAAGAAGUUCAACUCGUUCGCCGUGAUUAUACUGCCAAUGAAGGCUGGGAAACAUUUCUUUCCUACGAGGAUACACGCCAGGAUAUUCUUGUUGGGUUACUGCGCUUACGAAAAUGUGGCCGCAACGUUACUUGCCCUGAGCUUACGGGGAAUUGCUCUAUUGUUCGUGAACUUCAUGUUUAUGGAACUGCAGUUCCUGUUCAUGGGCGUGAUGCAGAGAAGCUGCAACACCAGGGUUAUGGUACACUUUUGAUGGAAGAGGCAGAACAGAUUGCUCGCAAGGAGCAUAGAUCGACCAAAAUAGCUGUUAUUUCAGGAGUAGGAACCCGCCAUUACUAUAGAAAAUUGGGCUACGAGCUUGAAGGGCCAUACAUGGUGAAAUCCCUUUCUUAACCUAAACGUGUGAUGCAUUAAAAUUUUGUAACGUUAUUCUAGGUACUGGCGUAGAAUUUCUUGCUUCCCUUGAUCUUAAGUUGAGUUUGUUACAUAUCCUGAGAAAAGCCCAAAUUCUUUAAACGGAAGAAGAUGGUUUUCAAAAGUUGCAGGAAAGAAGUGUGCGUGCUUGUUGGUUAUUUCAAAAUGUUAGCGGGAUCCUUGUCUAUUCAGUUUUUGAAAUCAACUCGAAUGAAUUAGAUAUUUGGUCACCGGAUUAUAAAACAAACCGGGUGAUCUGAAUCGGAUACAUUGACACUA